GGGAUGGGGGGAAGGGGGAGUCCUGGUACUGGUUCAGUCCAAGUGUUUGGGUCUUUUAUCAGGUCCAGAACUGAUUAAGCGACUCCAAAUCCAUAUUACUCAGCUCCACACAUCUGGUCGCAAAAAUAGCAAAUGAGGUGAAAUGUAGCGGUUUCUCAAUAAAAAGCAUCGUGAUCUGUAAUUACGCCCAACCAAUAUGAGACGCCCAAAAUAAGAUUAAGAGAAUAUAACUUUCUUCUGCCAGGACUUGCUUUUUCAGACUCACAAUGAAAUCAAACCAUUCAGUCGGGGAAUUAUAAUGGAUGCACUAUUUCUACUUUUUCUUUCUUUCUUCGACCAAUCGGUUCGUUUCAAUAGAAAACACGCGGGGAGCUGGUUACAACAGAGGAGCGCGCAUCGCCCAGCGCAGGUUUGCGCACGGAGAGGACGUAGCUGCGACACUAGCGAGGCGAAAGGCGCGACUACAGCCGAUAAGAUGCGGUGAAAAGCUCCACUUUCUCCCCCCUUCUCCCCAGGCAUUUUUUUUUAAUACCACGGAGUGCCAGAGUAGACGGAAAUUAAAAGGAAACGGGUCCAAGAUGAGUGCGGUCCAGGCUGGAGGCGAAGGGAGGGUGGAUAGCGGCAGAGGCAGCCUCACCGCCAGCAGCGGCGGCGGCGUUAGCGGCUCCCCGAGGCUCCAUCAGCGCGUUCAGCCCCCCAACAGCGGCAGCCGGACGAAAGAUAGCAGAAAUCAACAGCAGCAGCAGCUUCAGCUCCAGCAGCAGAGGCAUCAUGGUGGGUCGAUGCUGAAGCAACCAUCCCACAAUGAGCCAGCUGACGUCGUGAGGCGGGCGCUGGACUUUAAGAGCCAAGGCACUCAGUGCUACAAGGAUAAGAAAUACAGAGAGGCGAUCGGCAAGUACCACCGCGCUCUGCUGGAGAUCAAGGGGCUGUGCAGGGUGCUGGGAGAUCCGGACCCCGGCCCCAAGUCCACGUCCACCCUCCUGCCGACCAUCAGCAAGUCCAGCACGCUGACGGACGAGCAGAAGGGGGCGAUGGAGAAUGCGGAGCUGGAAUGUUACAACAGCUUGGCUGCUUGCCUCUUGCAAAUGGAGCUGGUGAACUACGAGCGGGUGAAGGAGUACUGCCUGAAAGUGCUUCUCAAGGAAGGGAAGAACUUCAAAGCCCUUUACCGCUCUGGAGUGGCCUACUACCACCUGGGAGACUACCAGAAGGCCCUGUACUACCUGAAGGAGUCGCACAAACAGGAGCCAUCAGACACAAACGCCAUCCGCUACAUCCAGCUGACAGAGAUGAAGAUUCGCCGAAAUGCCCAGAAGGAAAAGAAAGAAGCGUCAUAAGCCGGCGCCUCGCCUGUCAUGAGUUGCAGCCCCACUGUGUGCCACUGGGAC